CACGGGACGACGACCUCCGCUCGGGAUUGAGCACGCCCUCCAAAAACAAGCUUGCCGACGUCGCGAACGAUGGCCAAUGCUGUCUCGCCAUCGUCCGUGAAGGCGGUCGCCUCAGCGUCCUCGCCGUUCUCCGAGCUUCUGCGGCGGUCGCGCUUCGCCUCCUUCGACCCUUACGUCCGCCAGACAUACGUCGCGCCCCAGAGCUACGCCCAGCGCGGCAACUAUGGUCUCAAGCGCUCUAUCAACCUAACGCAGAAGAACUCGGCGAUCAGCUUGAAGAGCUUCGAUGAGCGCGCGUCGUACACGAACUGGACGCCGGCAGAGUCCAAUGCGCGCUUCAUCCGCCAGUUUGACGAGCUGCACGUGAACCCGAGGCCGGCACCGAGCAAGCCUUGGGCGAACUACAUUGGCACACAGAACCAGUUGCACUGGCUCAUUGACUCCGAGUCCUCCCCCGGCGAGGGCCUGUCCUACGGUCCUCCCCCAGAACCCGACACCCCCGGCAAAGGCGGACGGUAUGGCGCCUCCCGCUCCGAACCAGUCGAGCACACGGCUAUCUCUGUCCCCAAUCUCACCGCCAUGAAGCCCCGCCAAUUCCGCACCUUCGUCAAGCGCUUGCGCGAUGCCCGUCCCGAGUUCCGCGAGUACAUGAACCAACUCGCCGACGCACCCCGGGAGCGGUACGAGAAGUUGCAGAAGAAGCGCGAUGAGGGGGAGAAGCUCACCAAUUCCGAGAUCGACUUCCUCGACCGCUACCGGGACGCGUCGCAGCAGCCCCUGCUCGGGCUCGCGCAGAACCCCGCGCUUGACCACCGUGCGCGCUUCCUAGGUGAGCGCACGCGCGCUGAGUUCGAGGACAAAUCGCAGCACAAGAUCGAGCAGCAGCCCCACCGCGUCGCCGGUCUCAACUACGCGCACCCGACGCCGUUGGAGACGCUCGCCUACACCCGCCCCCGCCCUGGCUUCAUCCUCCAGCCCCAGAGCUCCAAGCAGGGCAGCAACGCCGCGGAGGGCCUCGCCGCCAACUACAUCGCCGGCUUCGCGGGCAUGACCGCGCAGCUGCGCAGCACAAACGCGCCUGGGAAGCAGCCCCUCCUGCGCCAGGCCUCGCGCUACGACCGCACGCUGCAGCCCGUCCUCGACCGCGCGCAGCUCGCGCAGUCCAUGUCGCUCAUGCGCAUCAUCCCCGGCGCGGUCCGCCUCUCCCGCCCGCCGCGCGUCGUCGGCAAGACCACGCAGGACAUCGAGCAGGGCGUCGACCUCCAGGCCGUCGUCACCGCGAACGUGGACCCCGCGCGCGAGUUCAGGGUCGGGAACUCGAACACGCCGGGUUCACCUGCGUACGUCGCCGCGCGCGGUGCGGCGGAGGACUUGCAGGCGGAGAUCGCUGCCCGCCACGCCAGCAUCGAUUUCGUUAGCCGCGAUGAGGGUCGGGAGGUGUCGCGCAUUGGGGACUUUGAGUACAUGGAAAACCCGCUGGUGCCGAACCAGACCGCGACGCGCAAGCUGAACGUCGAGCAGUGGCUCGAGCUGGCCGAGUCACUCGCGGAAGCGGAGAACCCGCUCGAGCGCGCGCUCGUCCUCCUCGGCGAGGAGGGUGCGGCCCGCUCGAUAGACCGCGCGCAGCGGGUCGCCGAGUACGAGCUGGACACCCUGAUCCCCUCCCUCGAUUCCAACGGCGUCGCGGAGCUGGCGGAGGUCGCUGAGUCGGUGCAGUCGGCAGAGGAGCAGGCCGCGGCCUCGCCCGAGUUCGCCGGUGUGCUCGCGCAGGCUAUCCUCGCCGAGCUCUCGGAGAUGUACACGCCCGCGCUCGUCGCCGCUGUGCUCGAGGGCAAGGAGACCGGCGCCGGGCUCGUCAAGUCGAUGCACGCGCUGGUCGAGGAGGCGCCGGUGGAGAGUGAGGGGAUGUUGACGAAGGACGCGGAGGCGCGGGUGCGCACGAUGCUGCGGGAGUUCCUCGAGCAGGAGGAGACGGUCGCGGAGCCAGUGGAGGAGCUCUUCGAGGCGGAGGAGGAUGUGGAGGAUGUGGACGAGGGUGACUGGGUGCCGCGCGCUUUCCCGACGGCCGGCGCGUCACCGGCGCCCCGCACCCCGAGCCAGUCGUGGUCGACCGCUGGCUUCCUGGGCGCUCGCCCGCUGGAGCAGAACACGAAGGAGAAGAACAGCGCGAUGUCCGUCCUCGACCAGCUGUCUCGCCAAUUCGGGAAGAAGCGAUGAUGGCUUACUUACUCUACUUACGGUAGCUUACUUGCACUGGCCACGUCGAGUAAUGCGGAUGUCUACACUGAUAAUGGAGGGCACGAACCACCUCUCGUCGAGCAACGCGGACUGCUGAAACAUGAAUGGAAGACCUUGAGCUCUUCAAACCUCUCUGAAUACUAGUAAUGCACGUCGUGCGCCCAGACCCAGGGCUAUAAAUGCUGAUUUUGAGGCAAA